GUGUAGUUGUCCUCAGUGUCAGUGUGAACAAUGUUUAAAGCGUACGGCGUUGUGAUAUUGAGCUUUGUAAUUGUUAGAAUAUCGGCAGGCUUGGAUACCGAAAAAUGCCAAGACUAUGGUCAACAUCUAUUGGAUUGUUGCAAGAAAGAGUUUCCAUCAAACAGAUUUCCGAUACCAGAUGAUAUAUCAGAGUGCCGUCAUAUGAAUCUUUCAAUGUGCGAAGAAGACAUGUGUGAAGGUAAAAAAAUGGGUUUUAUUACCGAUGAUGGUAAGCUAGACACAGUCAAAGUGGUACACGUCAUGUUCAAAAAAGUUGAAGAUGACCCAAGUUUAAUGGAAGAUGUCACAUCAAAAUGUAUCAAUGGUGAUUUCAGAAUUUACGCAACCGAUAGAGAAUGUGAUUCCAUUAAAUUUGUUCGUUGCGUUUCAAUGCAAUGGGUGAAACGCUGUACGGACUGGGAUGACAGUUCUAAAUGUCAACAAUUUAAGGGAUUAGUUCAAGAAUGUGUGAAUUUCUUUCCAUGAAUUUUAUUUAUCAAUAUUAAUAUUAAUAAAAAGGAGCAAAACAUGCAUAUUAUUAUGAUUAAACUAAACUGGAGCAGCCAAA